UCUUCUCUCCUUUUCUUUUCAGACAUGCAAAAUUGUUCCAUACAGCCAUAGAUGUGUCUCCCUGCUGCACUGCCUCUGUCUUUCUUCUUCCAGAAACUCAAUGGCCUGAAUUAGCAGGCAGAGAGAUCUAAAAUCUGCUAUCAAAUCUGGAUGGAAACUGGAAAGGGGAUGAAUAGCAGAAAGCAAGAAAGAGCAAAGUUGGUUAUUUUUCUGGCACAUGGAUGCAAUUACGCUGAGUGCAUUCCAGAGGCGUUCCUUUGAAUUCUGUGCAGGUCUGCCUACCAUUUCUGGGAGAAAAGAAGAAAAAGGGAGGAAAAGUCUCUCUCUCUCCUGGAGACGGAAUGUCUGCACUUUCCAUCCUCUUUUUAGCUUCCUGUUCAGUUUGGAUGUCUGGGGCUCAAACAGAAUAUAAGAGGGUGGCUGAGGAAAAUGUCACUCUGCCCUGUCACCACCGUCUGGGCCUCCUGGAGCCAAGAAGCCUGGAUAUUGAGUGGCUGCUGCAUGAUUCCAAAGCUGACCAAAAAGUGGUUAUCACCUACUCUGGAGGCAAUGUGUAUAAUGACCUGAAUGAGGGGCAAAAAGGUCGUGUUUCCUUCACCUCCAAUUUCCUAGCUGGAGACGCCUCCUUACACAUUGUAUCUCUGCAGCCAAGUGAUGCGGGGCAGUACACGUGUAAAGUUAAAAAUGCCGGGCAGUAUGAGUGGUAUCGCAUUACCCUGAUUGUUCUAGAGAAACCUUCCAAGCCCAAAUGCUGGGUGGAAGGCGAACUUUUUGAAGGAAAGGAACUCUCCUUACAGUGCAAUUCUGCCUCCGGCACAGCACCCAUCUCAUACCAGUGGCAGCGCAUAAGUGACAAGGAAGGAAAACUCGGACGCUUGCCACCCACGGCACGAGUCAACAUUUCUAACCCUGGGCAAGUUCUAAUGAAGAAUAUCACACAGAUGGUCACAGGGUUAUACCAAUGCACUGCCUCCAAUGAGGCUGGACAAGAGAACUGUGUUGUGCAGGUAACAGUGCAAUACGCACGAAGUGUUGGCAUGGUCGCCGGAGCAGUGUGUGGGGUGGUGGCGGGAAUUUCCCUGGUCUUCCUGAGCGUGUGGCUGACAAUAAGGAGGAAAGAAAAGAAGAGGUAUGAAGAAGAGGAGGCCCCAAAUGAAAUCAGAGAAGAUGCGGAGGCUCCAAAAGCCCAUCUAGUCAAACCAGGCUCCUCUUCCUCUGGCUCCAGAAGCUCACGUUCAGGCUCCUCCUCAACUAAAUCGACAGCCAACAGUGCCUCUCGCAGCCAACGGACUUUGUCCACGGAAGCCACCCCUCAUAUAACUCCUCCGCAGUACAGCCGGGUGAAGACAGAGGGAAGGGAAAUUGAUUCAAAGAAAGUUAACCAUGCCACCCUGGUGAAAAUGGGAGCCACCCCGGUCAUGCUGCCUGCUCAGAGUCGGGCUUUCCAGACCGUUUGACUGCUCACCUGCAGUUCUGAGAUUCCAGCCAUCCAGAACUCUGUACACGUCACCAGCCAUAUAAGAACAAUUAGAGUAGCUUAUCUUCCUGGGUAGUUUUUGGGUUUUUUAACCACUUCUAAUUAUUCACUCCACAAGAAGCCCUCAACUUCAUCUGUUUCUGCAUAUUCCUACACUGCAGUUCAGAUGCUGUUUUUUUGUUUUUUUAAGAGUUCUGAAGUUGGAGGAAAAAGGGGGCUUUAUUUUGUAGUUAAUAUUAAAAAAGGGAAUGUUGGGUAUUCUGAAAAUCUGGACAGCUGAGCACUGUGAAAAUUUAAGUGUCAUGUUCUGGGGCCUGGAAACAAAUCUCAGGAUUUUUUAAAAAGGGAUCAUCAGAGGCACAAGAUGUAAAAUAUUUCGGUGGGGUUUUGAAAAAAUCUUUCAUACAGGUUUUUGAGGAAUUCAUAAAUGAGCCAUUCUCUUGUCCUCUGAGGCAGUAUCUUAGGUGAGGAUAGUCCUCUGAUCACCUUCAAAGGGAACUGUCAGCUGCUUCAUAUUUUUGCGUUACGCCUUUUAGCAAAAUAACUGUAGGAGGCAAAAACUCAAACCAAAUGGUAAAUGAUAACUCAAAUCAGUAUUGAGAAACAGCAAUAAUGUAACAGACAGAAGUAACCUUUGUGCUGAAGAAAGGACUUUCAUUAUUAGGGGAUGUAGGUACAGCAAUUGCAAGAUGAAACUGAAGACUGACUGAAUAUCGACAUGGUCCCACUGUAAAGGAGUCUUAUCCUACUCUUAUUAAGUCAGCAAAAGGUACUACAAAAAGGUAAAAUCAGUCUAUGAGAGACCAUAAUCAGGCCCUGAAUUCCAAAUAAAGGAAGUCCCUUGUGAGGUGGGGGCUAGUGAUUGAAUAGCAUAAGAAGCCCUGGAGGAUGAACUUUGAGUGUGUCCUUCUUGGUGCCAGAGAUGAUGAUGCAGAAGUCUGGGAUGAGCAGUACUGCAGAACCCUUCUGAACUGUCCCACAGCUGAAGGAAUAAUGUGGUGGAAUUGUCUCUCAUACUUCCAAGUAAGGUCUGAGGUGCCUUGGUGGAACAUGCUGUGAGGCCACACAGGUAAUAGAUAACUAAU